AUGUUGUUACCUUCAUGUGCUAAUGAAAAAUUUAUAAUUCGACUGAUACAUAUAGUUGUAACCACCGGACGAUUGGGACUUGUGUUGGUUUCCACGAUGCCGCGCAUGAGUGGCAUCAACUCCAAAGCGCUGGAGGCGAAGCAGCGGAAAAAGGAACAGCAAGCUGCACUCGAGCGCAAAAGGGAGGCCGAGGCCUUGGAUAAGUUUUGGGAAGACAAUGACAAAUUGAUUUUGGCUAAACAGGAGCGUAAGCUUGAAGCCCAGCGCCGGCAGCAGGACAAGCUACAGCGUAAACAAGAGCUGCGUCAGCUGGUAGAGAAAGAAGAAGCUGAGUUGGUGUCAAAUAAAACUUGCGCAAAGGGCCCAGCGGUUCCGAAAGUUACCCGAGCGCAGAUUUUGCGUGUGCAAGCUUUGCAGGCCGAAGCACGGGCUAAGGAAGCGGCAAGUCGUGAGGAGAAUGAAUACUGCGACGUUUCUCGUGCUAACAUGAACCAUAUAAAUAUGCUUGAACGGCAGAUGCUCGAGGAGCAGGAUAUCGACUUAGUGAAAGCUUCCGGUCUGGACGAUGUUUUGGAGGCUCUUUCCAUUGGUACGAGGAAGGAUGCCAACGCUGAGAAGCGUGUUAAGGCUGCCUAUGACGCAUACGAAGCCACUAAGAUGGCCGAGCUCAAACUUCAGUACCCGAAUCUAAAGUAUUCACAGUACAAGGACAUGAUUUUUAAGGCUGUAAGUUUGCGUCCUGUCGAUUUCAGACUCUUCAGUGGAAGAAAGCACCGGAAAAUCCCAUGGUAUCACGGGGCAUGUAGCGCUCUGCUGGCAUGUAUACUCGCUACUUCCGGUUAG